UCCAUCCGCCCGUUGUCCCGUCUCCACAACUGGAUACCUACACUGUACCCAUCAACUACUUCGGUUCUUGCUCGUGGCCGACAGCCCGACCCGACAAGGAAAACAAACCAACAUCACCACCAUCAACAACAACAAGAGUCACAACCACAACAAAUAACAACCACAACGUGGACGACUCGCCAGCCUCAUAAAAACAACUCGCAAUCCUUGACGCCGAACCGCCUCCUGCCUUCACGUGCGCGACAACUAGCCCGAAUCUCCACACCGAGACCGCUGCGGCAGCCUGCACUCGUCCACCCCCCUGUCUCCGUCCCCUCUCCCCGCCCGCUGCACCGGAGCCCAGGACGGGCCUGGUUGGCGCAAGCCGAGGCGGUGGGCUUGCUGUACGCACUCUGCACUCAUACCCAUCCACCCUGCGACUCGGACGCGCCCGCCAAGCCAAACGUGGGCCAAGCCAACGGGCACCUGGGGGUGUGGUGGAGCGACUCGCUCGGCGCUCUCGACAGUACAUAUUCGUGCGUCGUUCUGAUCGCCCAACGACUGCGGGGGGUCUGCGAGUGAAUCCAGUGAAUCCCGAGCCUGGCCCAUCCACUCACAACCAGUCCAAGGCGAAAGCGUGUCUGGGUUCAUCCCACCACCCGUUUUUGCUUUUUCUCCCCUCUCUGGCGAAAGCACGCCCGACUCGAAAUAAACAAACACGAACAGAAGACGAACGGCAAAAACACAAUCGAUACUAUAAAGAAACCGCCUACCCCGCCAAAACGGGACGAAAGUAAGAGGGGGCAGAGAUUUAUGAUCUAGGACCAGAAUCAGGAGUCUGGGUGGUCCAUCGUCCACCAUCGAGAAGAACCGGGGCGCCCAAACACCCAACAUCAACCCCACCAGAUCAGCAAACAUGCCGUCACAACGACCCUUCUUCCUCUCGACCGUCUUCGCCGCCUUCCGCCAGCAGACCGCCGCCCCCAGCCUGGCAACCACCACAUCACAGCCGAGCAAGCAGACCACAUCCUCCUCAUAUUCCACCGCGGCCACGGCAGCGACGACGGCCGCCGCAGCCGCCGCGGCCGUUAGGAGCGCGCAGCAGUCGGCCGCGCCGUCGUCAUCACCAUCACAACAGCAGCAAGCACCCGCGGCAGCAGCAGCGGGCGGCCCCGCGACGCCGCAGGGCUCCCCGGCCCACUCGCCCGUCCCGAUCCCCUGCCCCAGCCGCCGCCGCGGCAGCGACAGCAGCACCGAGGGCUUCCGCAACGUCCGCGGCGCCGACAAGUGGUACAUCGGCGGCCGCACCGCCGCCGGCGAGGAGCGCUUCUUCAAGCUGGGCGUCAUGCGCCGCGUGCGCAGCAACGACCGCCUCAGCCUCGACAAGCUGAGCUUAUGAGGCGCCCCCCCGAAGGGACUGCGAGCUGGCUGUGGGCAAAUUUGCUAUGUCAGGAGGGAAGGGAUAAAACAAAAGUACUGUCGAUUGGGAUUUUCCCGCUCAGAUUCGGGCUUGUCAUCGUUGCAUUUUCUCUCUAUUCCUCUUCUUCCCAACCCACCCUGAGGAUGGGCCGAUUUCUGUUGAUAGACAGGAUGGACUUUUCUUUCACAUUCGCCACCACCUUUCCCCCUUUCUCAACCCAACACCAGCCUCGAUGCUACUUGGGAUGAGAGAGCUGAGCUAGGUGGGGGCUGCUUCAUUUGCCGGCCGUUUGUUGCGUGCCGCGGACUGUUUUUUUCUUCCGAGAUCAUGGCGUUUACAGCAUAGGGAACGGGGACCACAAGGGUCCACUGCAUUUGUUAGGGAUGGACGAUUUACGAAGGAUGGCACUCGGGCGUGCAUUGCUUUUUUUUUUUCUUGAGAAGGACGAUAGCCCGCGGGGCUUAGCCCACAGCCAGACUCGCUGGGUUCACAUGGAGGAGCGAGGUAUCUGCCCACCACAUCAGUGGCAGGCGAAACCUCACUAGGCUAUUAGAACGCCCCUAGAUAGGUAUACCAGGCAGGAGUAUGUUUCCCCCAAGUGGCAAAUUGGGCGAACACACCCCGCCGUGGAAUACAUUGAUUCUCCCAAUG